AUGUUGGACGAGCGAUCGGAAGUCGAGACUCUGCGUCAGGUUUAUUACCUAACGGAUGGUGCGUCGGGAAACUGGCACAAGUUACUCGCUUUGGGCGACUGCAUAGAUCAGCAGCUGAAGCGAAAGCUGCUUUGGAUGUGGCCCUCAUUGGUGGACUUGGACUACUUUAAUCAGCUUCUGGCCAUGCACGACAUUCAACGUAUUUUGAGCAUAGGCUGUGGGAGCGGUCUUUUAGAAUGGCUAAUGACUGCAUCUGGUGGGCGUAAAGUAUCUAUGUUUGGCCUUGAAAUCGAUCGUAACUGGUGGCAGAGCAAGUACGCCAUUCGAAGUUUUAUACCCCUUAACUAUGUGGAGGAUUAUAAUCAAUUGAAUACGGAUUUAUUGAGCAGGUGCUGUAAUGGCACCCCGCCUUCUGCCUUGCUCUUCUGCUACUUUAACAAUCGAGGUGCAUUUUUAGACUAUCUUAAAGUGUUUACGGGAAAGUGGUUAAUAUUGAUUGGACCACUGCCCACUCUGGGAAUCCACACAGAUCCCAAUCCUCUUCAACCCCAAUUGCCUGCUGACGAGUGGACACUCCGAGAACGUCUCAACUGGACUGACCAUAACAUUGUGACGUUCUACGAAAAAAUUAUUUAGUCUCUAGUAUGUAGUAUCUAUGUAAUUGUAGUAAUAAACCAUUGCCUUAUGUCA